UAUUUGGUAUUUCUUUAAAGCCGAGCACGCAAGCUUACCUUUAAAGCUUAAAGCUCGCUAACUCCGUAAAACAUCGACGUUUUUUAAAUUAUAACCUUGCUGUGCUGUUUUUAAGCUUGCACAUAGUUUAUUUAUUUUAUAUUUAAGAACAAUCUUAUUUGUUUUUUGAGCAUGAUUAUUAAGUAGUAUUUACCAGUCGUACAAUCUCUCGCUGUUGUAGAAAAUUGCAUUUAAAUUGUUCUGACACGCCACAGCAAUGUAUCGAUAUUGAGAGGUGGAAGUCGUGUAAUCGACAUCAGCGGAUGCAAAUUAUCCACUAAUCGAUUUUCGUUCUUUAUUAAUUUAACUCGAAACAUUUUGGCCAUGGCCAGAUCGAAUCUGCUGAUCCACCUGGACACCAUACACCAAGACGAUCUGAUCUAUGCGGAACGGGACAUGAACUUUGCCCAAAAGGUGGGCCUCUGCUUUCUGCUGUACGGAGACAACCACUCGGAUGCCACGUACAUUCUGCAGAAACUGUUGACCAUGACACGAUCGGACUUCCCGCAAAGCGAUCUACUCAUAAAGUACGCCAAAUCCCGACCAGAAACCUGGAGAAGACAUCUCGUGGAAGCUCUGUGCAUCGUUGGAGCCCGAAAGGUGCUCCGUAAACUGGGUUUCUGUUGGCAGGAGCUAAAAAUUCACUACUUGCCGCAUGUCGCUGGGAUCACGCUGCAUGUGCAUCCACUGUUGAAGAGCCUUUACAGGAUGUGUGAGGAGUUGUCGGUGGCGCAGAGUGGUCGCUUGGUCCUAGAUGUGGGCGAAAAGGUGGCGCGCCAGCAGGCAGGAGAUCCACUUCGCUUCUACGAUCCCAUGUACCUGGAGAUCUUUUUGCUGGACUGGCUGACCAGAAGAUGCAUACAGCUGGGGGACAUAAAUGUCAUAGGCAGCAAUGUUCAGCUGCUGAUUGAGCAUUUGAAGUUUAACGAUUUAAAGGAGCAGGCCAAGUUGCUCAUAGACACAAUCAUUAGUAACGCUCCAGAGCCAGAUUUGGCUGAGAUUGAUGCGAUGACAAUCAAACAAGAGACCGAAUCGGACAACCAGCAGUCGUCCAGCUGUUCCACAGCCGCAGCGCCUUCGAAAGCAUCUGCUUUGUGCCGAAUAAAUGCUCUUAGGUUGACUCGGGAGAACGCAGGAAUCGCCUUAAUCAUCAACCAGCAGGAGUUUCACCGGAAUGUUAGCAAAGAUCUUAAGAAAUUUCUGUCACCCAAGCCUCUGAAAAUACGCAUUGGCACGGAUGUGGAUAAGAAACGACUAACCGAGGUAUUUUCCUCGAUGGGAUACAAUGUGGAGGCAUACGACAAUGUGGACCACCUGGACAUCGUGCAGCGCAUUCGGAGUGCGUGCGAUAGAUCGCUUCUGCGGGAUUCCCUAGUGGUCUGCAUCCUGAGCCACGGCUUCGAGGAGGCCGUCUACGGGGCGAACAGCAUCGCCCUGAAGAUCACGGACAUCGAGAACGUGCUCUGCAGCUACGAAACGCUGUACAACAAGCCCAAGCUGCUAGUGAUACAGGCCUGUCAGGAGAAGCCUGACCAGAAAGAGGAGCAAAACCAGCUUGGAUUGCCCUUUAAGAUCGACGUGACCACCCAGUCGCCGAGCCAACACAUCAACUUGGUGCGGGCCAUGUCUACGGUGAGUGGAUUUCCUGCUCUGCGACACACCCAUAUGGGCAGCUGGUUCAUCCAGAGCCUGUGUGAUGCCAUAGAAUGCCAUUCUGCCAGUGAACACAUCGCCGAUAUCCUGAUGAUUGUCACCAACGAAGUGUCCGAAAAGCGAGGCCAAAACGACGAGUCCAUGGUGCCAAAUGUUCAAAGCAUAUUCCGCCAGCACGUCUACUUUCCACCUCGUCUGUGAUUGUAGUUAUACUAUUAUUAAAAUAAUUAA